UGGUUUACCGCUGUGGUUUUCUUCAAGAUGGCGAGGCUACAUCAGUUGAGGCAGUAUGGCGGCGCAUGGAGAAUACAAUAAUUUAGAAAGGUAGUCAGGUGCCCAAAAAGAAGACAGCCGUCUCAUUUUAAUUGCUUCCAGAAGAUUCAAGUGGAGGAUGAUCAGUGCCUCGAUCCCAUAUUAAGCUGAAUGCAUUGUGAUUUCCAAUAAUUGAGACAGUGAUUCUGAAAGCUGUCUACAUUAAUGAAAAGAACAAUGUAGACAGCUUAGCAAUUUCACCUCUGGUACGUGGUCUAUACAGGGAUGUGCUUCUGCAUGCUGCAUUCUGGGUUCAGAUAGGAAGAAAGUGUCUUAAAACAGGUCAGAUUUUUGAAUAAAUUAUCAGUGCGUAUAAGCUGUAGUUCGUUAUUCAGUGGAAAUGGAGAUAGACGAUGUGCUACCCCCUCUCCCCUUGGAUCCACCUGGUUUUUUUGACCUAGAUGAGGGCAUAGCACCUCCACCACCUCCCCUGCAAACGUCCAGUGACGCAGAGGUAAUGGACGUUAGCUCUGGUGGUGAUGGACACACAGACACCCCAGGGGAAGGGGAAGCCAUGGCACAGCAACCCCUCGCUAAGGGCUCCAUCACUUUCUGUAGCCACCUCUCAGACGAGGCCAUUCCCAACCCUCAGUGCCCCAGAACAGCCCGUCACGCCCCCCCAGUCUCCGGGUUCCUACCAGACCUCAAGCUGCUCAGAGAUGUUAAGAUCCGUGUGAGCUUCACCGAAAGCAGCAGUAGCAACAUCAACAGCAAAGACAGGAAGGUUUUGUACACAGGCGAAGGGCAGGAGGCAGGAAGUGAUGAUGGUUUAGACAGCAUGAAUGGUGAGAUGCAUGACUCGGGUGAGGGAAGCUCUGGAGCGGGAAACUUAGCAGGCAGGAGAUCAGACGAGUCCGAGGUAGACAUGGAAAACAAGGUAGAGUUCGCCGUCCUGGAUGAGCUGGACGACUACUACGAGAACUUCCUGGAUCAUGACGACACGGAGCAUGGUGGCUUUAAGUCUGAGGGCAUAGCGCAGCAGGAUCAAGCAGAUGAGGAGACCGUGACUUUCGCCUAUGAGGAGGAGUUUGACAACGAUGUGGACGCCUUGCUGGAGGAGGGCAUGCCUGUCCCUAAAAAGAUGCGUCCGUCAGAGGACAAAUAUGGCGGGGAAAGUGAUCACCCGUCAGACGGAGAAGGAGGGGUUCAGCCCAUGAUGACCAAAAUUAAGACUGUCCUGAAGAGUGAGGGCGCCCCCCCCACUGAGCCCCUCCCAGACGGAUGGAUCAUGACAUUCCAUAACUCGGGCAUUCCCGUCUACCUGCACAGAGAAACCAGAGUGGUGACCUGGUCCAGACCCUACUUCCUUGGCACUGGCAGUAUUAGGAAACACGACCCUCCGACCAGCAGCAUCCCUUGCCUUCACUACAAGAAGAUCAAGGCUGUGGAGGAGAAGGAGCUGAAUGGGGAGGUGACCCAAAAUGUAGAGGUGACCCAAAAUGUAGAGGUGACCCAAAAUGUAGAUGUGACCCAAAAUUUAGAGGGCACCCAAAAUUUAGAGGGCACCCAAAAUUUAGACGAGACCCAAAAUUUAGACGUGACCCAAAAUGCAGAGGAGACCCAAAAUGCAGAGGAGACCCAAAAUGCAGAGGAGACCCAAAAUGCAGAGGAGACCCAAAAUGCAGAGGAGACUUCUGUCAAACCAGUUGAUGAGACCAAUGGUGAAGUGAUGGCCGGUCCCUCUAAGGCUCCAGCUGAGGAGCAGUACAUUAUCCCUCCCUUCAUCGUGAUUGACGGGGUCCACGGGGGAGGAAGUACCCCCAAAAUAAGCCUGGCGUGUAAAAGGCCUCACGCAUUUGACACUGCACAGGGAGCAUUGGGACAAGUGAGAGCUAAAGUGGAGGUGUGCAAGGACGAGUCCAUAGACAUUGACGAGUUCCGGAUUUACCUGGAGAAAUGCUUUGACUUUGAACAAGUCACGGUGAAGAAGUUUCGCACGUGGGCCGAGCGACGGCAGUUCAACAGAGACUUGAAGAGGAAGCAGGCGGAGUGUGAGCGGCCCAUCCUGCCCGCCAACCAGAAGCUCAUCACUCUGUCGGUGCAGGACGCGCCCACUAAGAAAGAAUUCGUCAUCAACCCUAACGGGAAGUCUGAAGUUUGCAUCUUGCAUGAAUAUAUGCAACGUGUCCUAAAGGUUCGACCUGUUUACAACUUUUUUGAAUGUGAGAACCCAAGUGAACCCUUUGGAGCGUCGGUCAUUAUAGACGGAGUAACGUACGGCACAGGAACCGCAAGUAGUAAAAAACUUGCCAAAAAUAAAGCUGCUCGAGCCACACUGGAAAUCCUCAUCCCUGACUUUGUGAAGCAGACCUCGGAGGAGAAGCCCGUUGAGGGCGAUGAACUGGAGUAUUUUAAUCAUAUCAGUAUAGAAGACACUAGAGUGUACGAGCUGACCAACAAAGCAGGACUACUUUCGCCAUAUCAGAUUCUUCACGAGUGCCUUAAACGAAACCAUGGGAUGGGAGACACCAGCAUUAAGUUUGAGGUGAUCCCCGGGAAAAACCAGAAGAGUGAAUAUGUGAUGACGUGCGGGAAGCACACUGUGCGUGGCUGGUGCAAGAACAAGAGGGUGGGCAAACAGCUGGCCUCUCAGAAGAUCUUACAGAUGCUUCAUCCCCACGUCAAGAACUGGGGCUCCCUGCUGCGCAUGUACGGCCGAGAGAGCAACAAGAUGGUGAAGAAGGAGAGCGCUGACAAGAGUGUGAUCGAGCUCCAGCAGUUUGCCAAAAAGAACAAGCCAAACCUCCACAUCCUGAACAAGCUGCAAGAAGAGAUGAGGAAGCUGGCCGCGCAGAGGGAGGAAACUAGGAAGAAGCCCAAGAUGACCAUCAAUGAGUCGGCCCAGCCGGGCAGCGAGCCCCUCUGCACUGUGGACGUUUGAAGUCCCUGCUGGAGCACUGAAACCCCGUCACUGUCACACACUCCACCCCCAUCUCACACACACACACCUACACACCUACACCUGAUGGCAAUAUAGAUCCACAUUGACCGGGCCAGUAGAAACGCUUCCUCAGCUGGUAGAUGCGCACUAACAGUAGAGAAAUAUCACCUACCUCUCGAUGCAAACUAGCUUUACGGCACUUAAAAACACUCCCCGAGCUGCAGACUUAGAAACAGACAGAUUCAAAUAAAAAUGCAUGUUUCUCUGACCGCAGUCAUCACCUUGGUUUUGUUUUGAAGUGUCGUUUUGAACACCUUGCAGCUAUUAGUUUUGUGCUUAACGUAUUUGAAAGGGACUACUAAUACGUGUAUCGUUUUAAUCGGGAACCAUACUCGUUUAUUUGGUAUUUUAAUGGUCGGUGUUAUGAAUAUUUUUUGGGGUGAAAACAAAAACAAGCUGUUUUUGUUUAUCCUCAGAAUGGACACUUGCUGUCUUGGUUUGCACGAUUUGAGAACAUGCGUUGUGACGACUAUUCAGAACUCUUGUUAUGCACUUGUCACAUGUGUUGACUGAGCAUGCUUAUGGUACAGGAGUAAGAGUGGAGAAACGUGUUGCCUUUCUUGACCCUUUGCUUUUGGAAGUACAAGAAUAAAACGUCCUAAUCUCUGCAGUCAAGCACAGAAAGAUAUGUAGAGCGAAGGAUCCUUUCCGUUAGGCUCUCAAGAGUACUAAUGCCACACACACCAUUUCAUUAGCUUGUUUGAGUUGCCUUAGUUUAUCAAUUUCAUGAAGGGCUCAGAGUAUAAUGGACCUAAAACACCCUUCAACAGGAAGUGGAAAGACCAAGCCCCCUGUACUCGAUUUAGUAUUUGAGUGAAGACAGCCUGUGCAUAUUUUAAAGGAUUGUUUGCUUUUCCAUCAUUAUUAUAUUUUCAAAACACAUGGUAGAAUACACUUUUCAAAAGGCAGCCUUGUACAUACGUUGGUACACUGACAGGAACAAGCUGGUGAGUGUGUACCAAAGCUUACAUACAGUCUUAUGCAUUUUAUAGAGUCCUUAUGUUACUGCAGACGAAACAUCUACAAUACACAUUUCUUGCUGGAACAAACUGUGCAUUCAUUCUGUCAAUUAUUUGGCCUGUUUUUUUUUUUACAAAGUAAUCUUGAAUACAUCCCAGUUCAAACAGGCUGUUGCGAUAUUGUAGGUUGAUUUAAGAAUGUGCUUUCCGUUCAGUGUCGGUGUGAGAAGAAAAACAUACAGCUUUGUGUCGUUUGACAUGUUGCUGCCUAGAAAAUGAAGUAUGUAUUGCAACCUGAGCUCCAUGACUUCAGUGGUUUGUUAUGCAAAAUAAAAUGUCUUGACUAAU